AUGCCCACGACUGCCACUGGGACAGCGAUUGCGACCGCGACCGAGCCUCGAACCACGGGCCUAUCCAAGGCCGAGACCACGUUCACAUUUACGAUCCCGAACACCCAACUAUACUCCUCGAUCAAGCCUCUCGACUCUACGAGCAUUCAACUGCCCGAAGCUCCCACAAAAUCCCACGAGGUUGUCUUGGUCGACCAUCUGUACGCCGAUUGUCACGAAACAUAUCUUUCAUCUCUUUCCGAGCCUCGCGAGAUGGUGUCCUCGCCGAGCACCACGACUCCCAGGAAGCGAAGAGCGACCCAACUCGUCGACACCGAUAAUGCGCCUGACGAAUUCGUGCGAGGUUCUGAUCAUGACGAGACGCCCAGACCAGCACAACCAACACGAGUUUCGAGCUAUCGAAACUCUCCAAUGUCUUCGCCGACAAAGUCAUCCAGCGCUAGUCAUCGCUCCGAAUCGGUGUCCGGAAGAUCAACAUCGUCUGCCCGCCACAAAUUUGUCAAGCUUCCGCUAGGAACCGAGGGCAUCAUCAAGCGGCAGUUCUCUGGUCCUCCCACCAACCCUGAGCAUCCAGUCGCUAUCCAAGACAUGCUUUCCAGGAUCCGGUCGCUUGAGCAAAAUGCGCGCCGCUGCUUCGAGAUGGAUCAUGACGAGCCCGUCUGGAAUGUUGAAGUUCACAAUUUACUCUUGACAAAGGUCUUUCGAGGGCGCGACCGCGAUACCAGGCAGUCAAGCACCAAUCUUUGCGACUUCAGCUUAUGUACCACCGCUUCCAUCAUCAAGAACUACGUCCCCAUCGAUAUGUCAGACAAACGCAUCGACUUUUGCAUCUACCUCAACCCAUCCGCCGACAUGACAACGGCCAACAUCAAGGGCAAGGUGCUGGCUUUGCGUAACCGACUACCCCGUUUGAGCCUAAAUCACACGUCCUACGGUGCCCUAUGUCCCUACCCCAUCUCUGUCGGUCUAGAGACUAAGAGACCUGGGCAUGACUUGGAUGGGGCCGUGCUACAGAUUGGCGUAUGGCAGGCUGCGCAUUGGACAAUGCUCCGUCGCCUGCUCCGCCGAGCGGCCCCGGAGCUACUCAGAGAACAUGGUAUCCUGUCUCCUACAGUAGACGAUGUCGAGCGGAGUAUCCAACAGGCAUUGUUUGAGCUGGGAGCGCUUCACGGAGUCGCCAUCCAAGGCCACGACUGGAUCUACGUUGCGACGUCUCCAGAACCUCCCGAACCCAUGCAGCCUCAAGACUCCGCCAACCAACCAGAGCGGCUCGCUUCCUCCCGUACGAUUCUUUGGCUUGGGAAGCGUUUUGGCGACACCAACUCAGCACUUGGUAUUCACCAAGUCGCCGCUUUUCUAGAGUACCUGGCAUUAUGGUCCAGCCAGACAUACUGGCCUUGGUUCAAAAAAUGGAUCGUUGCUUCCGAGUAG